GUUACUUUGGACUUGUCAACUUGCAAGCAGCAUGCCCGAGGAGCCUCCCCAUCUACCAACCCAAAUACCUCCACGUUGUUAUUUCAACGAAUGUAUCGCGCCCGCGGUGGACGGCACCACAAAGUGCCACUUCCACCGCCACCGGGGCUCUUGCGCAGUUGAUAAUUGCCAUAAUCAAGUGUACGCGCGACAGCUCUGUGUCAAACACGGAGGCAAGCGCCGCUGUGCCAUGCCGACUUGCACAGCCAACUCCCGCGUGGGCAACCUAUGCUCCCGCCACACGACAGUUGAACUCAAAAAGACAUGCUCCGAGCCAGGAUGCACCAAACAGCCGCGCGCGCUGGGGCGAUGUGUGAGCCACGGAGGCGGCAAAAAGUGUCUGGCCCCGUAUUGUACUGCGAAUGUACGACUGACCAGCUACUGCUCGCGCCAUGCUCAACCCGUGUCAUUGCCAGUUGGUGCUCGUCAGCAACUUGCACAGCCACGGGGCUCAUCUUGGCAAAUGCCACAACAACCACAAACCCCGCCGCUGAAUGCACCGAAAAUGGAGUAUUCGAUCGACCCGACCACCUGGAUUACAUUCGACGGAUCAAAGGAAGUUAUGAACGCCGUCGUGCAUUGGGAACUCGACUGCCUCGAGUCGUUGCGCGUGUUUGACGUCAUAGAAAUGUAAUUGACGAAUUCGUGUGCAUAUUAUUUACAGCCAGGUGCCGGUCGAACGUCGUACGCGUGUAGAAGGGAAUGGGAUAAACAUAUUCUUUACCAA